AUGCACAAUGCGAUCAUUUCCGUACGGCAGGCCGCGGAGUGGGGAAUGGGUAGCAUCCAGAAGGUCUAUAGCCGGUUAAAUGUCCCGCUGCCCUAUGACCCCGAGCUCCGCGGUCUGCGUAUCAGCAAUAUGUUCCGUUUGAUCAUCUACAGAGUAAGAACGGUUGGAAUUUCACAAGUCCGCACUACUUUCAGCGGAGACAUGGAUAUCUCGACUACAUCGGACUGA